AUGUUAUCUACUAAUAGUGGUCAAAUUGGCAUAUUACCAAAUGACGCCCCUAUUGCCACAGCUGUAGAUAUAGGGAUUUUGCGAAUACGCCUUAACAACCAAUGGUUAACGAUGGCUCUGAUGGGUGGUUUUGCUAGAAUAGGCAAUAAUGAGAUCACUAUUUUAGUAAAUGAUGUGGAGAAGGGUAGUGACAUUGAUACACAAGAAGCUCAGCAAACUCUUGAAAUAACGAAGGCUAAUGUGAAAAAGGCUGAAGGAAGGAGACAAAAAAUUGAGGCAAAUCUAGCUCUCCGACGAGCUAGAACACGG